CCUACACGACUAUUUCCGUAGUCGAAGGUCAUCUACACCGGUGUAUGCCACACAUGACAGAAGUUAUGAAACAAGAUGAUUUAAAUGCAGCCUAAUAUUGAUUGGAUGCCCUCACUGCCCUUCGCAGACGGUUUGCAUCGACAGAUAUACCGGUAACGUUAGUUAUCUUAGGGAGACGAAAUGAGUGCUCCUUCUUUACUGAACACGGCCGCCAGAAACUUCCGCACUUCUGGAAUAGCGGGUUCCUUCGACCCGGCACGUUGUGUUCCUGCCCUUUCACAAGACAAAUGACAAUACCAGGACGAGCAGACCACCUGGAGAGAACGGCCAGUAACUUCAGACAAAUGGACAUCUUCCCUGCGCGCGUGUGUGGCAUCAUCGAUGAGUCCGAGUCCGUCAGAAGACUGCGUCUGGAGGUGUCGCACCCCAACUUCAGCUUCAGAGCCGGACAGUGGGUAGAUUUCUUCAUUCCUGGGAUGGAGAAAGUGGGCGGUUUCUCAAUGUGCUCCGCCCCUGGGCUGCUCCAGAGGGAGGGGGUGAUCGAGCUGGCCGUUAAAAACGCCCAACACCCCCCCGCACACUGGGUGCACACCACGUGUGCUCUGGACUCUCAGGUUGCUGUGAGAGUGGGCGGGGACUUCUACUUUGACCCCACCCCUGACAACAGCCCUGUUGACCUGCUCCUGGUUGCCGGGGGCGUGGGGAUUAACCCCCUGUAUUCCAUCUUCCUCCAUGCGGCCGACCUGCUGCGGCACGCACACACACACACCAGCAGCCAGACGUUCACACCAGGCCACACACACCUCCUGUACAGCGCCAAGAACACACAAGACCUGCUCUUUAAGAGCACCAUCACAGCAGUGUGUAAGGAGUUUCCUGAGAAGUUCUCCUGCUACUUUAACGUCACGCAGCCGACAGGAGACAUUGAGCAGGAGCUCCAGCCUUAUACCAGACACGGGCGGAUAUCGGAGGCUCAGCUGGAGCAGUGUGUGAGCGAGCGCACGCUGUGUUUCCUGUGCGGCCCCCCUCCCAUGAUCGAGGGCCUCUCCGCCCUGCUGCGCUCCCUGGGCCUCUCCGAGGACCGCAUCCGCUACGAGAAGUGGUGGUAAACCCUCGCCCAGACCCGGCCCACGCCUGGCCCCGAUCCGGCCCACGUCUGGCUCCGACCCGGCCCAGACUUCACUGCCAGUCUGUGACAGAACCCAGCCCACCAACCGCCGCGCUGGCUUUAGGCCACGCCCCAAAAACACGUUGUUGCCACGGAAACCCUCUGGGGAAGGACAUGUCCCGAGAUUUUCGGGGCGAAAAAAGUCCCCAUCUUGACGCACAACUUGACAGACUUUUUUUUAUUUGCAGUUGAACUUUACAGCUUGUAGAGAGUGUUUUAAACCGAGACUGUCAAGCCAGAAGAGACCUCGCCAAACGGCUUUUAAUAUCAGUUUUUUUUAUUUCAUGGUACAUUUAGAAAGUAUCCUUGCAGGUCUAUUGCGCAGCUCAAUGCUGCUUGUACAUUUGUAUUUAUGAAUAAUGUACAAUAGAGUUGAGAGUUAAGUAUUUAUGAAACAUUGCUGUAAUGUGAAUGAUGAACGAUGAAGUGGAGUUUUUAAAUACAAGAACAUUGUGGGA